UGGAGCCCAGCAGACAUGACCUCGCGCAGGUGGUUUCACCCCAACAUCAGUGGAGUUGAAGCUGAGCAGCUUCUCAUGUCCAGUGGCCAGCACGGAAGCUUCCUGGCAAGACCCAGCAAGAGCUGCCCUGGGGGCUUCACACUGUCUGUCAGGCGCCACAAUGAGGUGACCCACAUCAAGAUCCAGAACACAGGUGACUACUACGAUCUGUAUGGAGGGGAGAAGUUCGCGACGCUGGCCGAGCUGGUGCAGCACUACACAGGCCAGUGUGGGGGGCUGCUCCGAGAGCGUGGUGGGGCCCCUGUGGAGCUCCGGCACCCGCUGGGCUGCCAGGACCCCACGUCGGAACGGUGGUAUCAUGGGCAUCUGUCUGGAAAGGAGGCUGAGAAGCUGCUGAUGGAGAAAGGGCGUCCGGGCAGCUUCCUGGUUCGGGAGAGUCAGAGCAAACCUGGGGACUUUGUGCUGUCAGUGCUCACGCAGCAGCUGGACAGGGUGGACCGCCAGCCGCGUGUCACCCACAUCAUGAUCCACUUCCAGCCAGAUGGGAAGUACGACGUGGGAGGUGGUGAGCAGUUCGACACCCUUGGAGAUCUGGUGGAGCGCUACAGGAAGAACCCCAUGGUGGAGAGGUCAGGGGUUGUGGUGCAUCUCCGGCAGCCCCUCAAGGCCACGAGAAUCAGCGCUGCAAGCAUUGAGAGCCGUGUGCAGGAGCUCAGCGAGGCCACGGAUGCCAGCGAGAAGGCCAAGCAGGGCUUCUGGGAGGAGUUCGAGAUGCUGCAGCAGCAGGAAUGCCGGCUCCUGUACCCCCGGAAGGAAGGCCAGCGGCCGGAGAACAAGCCCAAGAAUCGAUACAAGAACAUCCUUCCCUUUGAUACCACUCGUGUCAUCCUUCGUGAUGUGGAUGACAGAGUGCCUGGAGCCGACUACAUCAACGCCAACUACAUCAGGAGUGACCCAGAGGAGAAGCCAGGCCAUGGACUGGGCAAGGUGUACAUUGCCACCCAGGGCUGUCUGCCGACUACAGUGGCUGCUUUCUGGGCCAUGGUGCACCAGGAGAACACGCGUGUCAUCGUCAUGACCACCAGGGAGGUGGAGCGAGGCCGGAACAAGUGUUUCCGAUACUGGCCAGAGCUGCACGGCAGCCAAGAGUAUGGCCACCUGCAUGUGUGCAACAUGGCUGAGCACUGGGCCCAGGGCUAUUGUGUGCGGGAGCUGCAGGUUUGGAGGCCAGACCAGGAGGAGUCGCCGCACACAGUGAAGCACUACCAGUACUUCAGUUGGCCGGACCACGGCGUUCCGGCCGAGCCCACCGGCGUCCUUAGCUUCCUGGACGAGGUGAACCGGGCCCAGAGCAGCAUGCCGGGGGCCGGACCCAUGGUAGUCCAUUGCAGCGCUGGCAUCGGACGCACUGGCACCAUCAUUGUGAUUGACAUCCUGGUGGACGUCAUUCGCAGGCAGGGGUUAGACUGCGACAUCGACGUCCCCAAGACGAUUCAACUGGUGCGGCGGCAGCGCUCAGGGAUGGUGCAGACCGAGGCGCAGUACAAGUUCGUGUACCUGGCGCUGCAGCGGUACAUCCAGGGCGAACAGCUGCGCCUCCGCGAGCCUGUGGGGGCGGGGCCGGGCCGGGGCGAAGCCUGCGCUGGCAUCACCAUGGUGACCAGGGGCCCCUCCCCUCAGUGCGAGCGGCCCGAAGAGCGCGGCUCGCUGAACCUGGGCGUCUCGCCCGCCGACCCCGGCUGUAGCCCCGGACCCGCGCCGUCCCGGGCGCCGGCGGCGAUCCCAGAGGCCUCCCGCCACGAGUAUGAGAACCUGCAGGGUCUAGAGCCGUGAGAGCCCCUCGUGCGCGUGCCCCGAGUGGGGCUGGAGCCGUGCAAGAAGGCGGGAGCCCAGCAAGGCCGGCCUCCGCGUUCCUCCGAUGGACUGUUUAGGAUUGUGCAGACAGGCGCCCAGCCCUGAGCGCCGCGGAGUUGGGGUGGGGAAGGGGGGUGGGGUCCCGGGUCUGCCCCCUCAGACCCUGCCUGACCAGCUCUGCACGCCCAGAAAUGGUGAGGGGCGGGCAGAUCCAGUGGCCCUGGCCCUCCUCGAGGAGGGGAGGCAGAGCUCCAGGGUUGCCCGUUCGACUCCGUUUGGGAGGCCACCAGUGACCACCUGCACGUUGUGGUGAAGACAUAUGUGUGCUACAUGUCUAAGGAUCAAUCUGUAUGUGGGACAUGAGACCAGCAAGUGAGUGCCAGUUUGUUCACCAGCAUUUGUGACCUUCUCCCUGCUUUCUGAGUGACCUGCCCCUUCAGAGUUGCUUCCCAGCCCUGCCUACAGCUGUGGUCUAGGCUGUGGCCUGGCAGUGGCUCAGUCCUGCCACAUCCAGACCUAACCCAGACUGUCACAUUGCAGUCAUUCGUCGAUAAAUGCUUGUUAAAUGAGGGAA